UGGGAGCGCGCAUUGGAGACGUACAGAGCAUAGGCUGCGUGUCAGUGCAGUCGACUUACAGCGGGCUGUGAGGAGAACUGGCGCGACCCCCUUUGUCUUCAAAUACAUUUCUUUUCGUACGAGAAAACUCCUUAAAGUUGCGUUAAAGUACUUCUACUUGUUUUGGUACUUAACCUGUUCGGGUUAUAUUAGUUUUAUAUCGCUCUGUUUGAAGUUGAAGGCUGGGCCUUUUUACGCGCUCCGGACGAGAGAAAAAGACAAGCUGCUCUGCGAUUAAGUCCAUAAAUGCUUUUUACCAACAUGGACCUGUUGAACUACCAGUACUUGGACAAAAUGAACAACAACAUUGGCAUUCUGUGCUAUGACGGUGAGGCUGCUCUGAGGAGUGAGUCCAGAAUGUCAUCCAUGUCUCUGUCCUCUGCAGUCAGCAAUCACAGGACAGGCCCUCCUCCCAUCAGCCCGAGUAAGAGAAAACACGGCGGGGACCAAGCAGACGAUGACAUCGACUGUAACAGCGAUCAUGUGGCCAAGAUGAGCCGGCUGUUUGCUGCACAGUUAGGCAAGCCUGCCAACGGGGACUACCGCAAGGACCCCCGGGAUCGCAGCCGCAGUCCCAUCGAGCGCAUCACUACCCCCACCAUGAGUCUUGUUGGUGGUCACCUCUAUGCCCACAUGCCCAACCUCGCCAUGGACCAGCCUCUCGCACUGACCAAAAAUGUGGACACUUCCCGCACUGUCGCCAUCUCACCUACUGUCAGCCCUGUUGAGCGCCAGCAGAAUCGGCCCUCUGUGAUCACAUGUGCCCCAGCGAACAAUCGUAACUGUAACCUUUCCCACUGCACCGUGUCUCACAACGGCUGCUCACCCACUUCAAACUAUCGGAGAGCCUCCAACUCUAACACAGCCUGUGACCCUGUGAUCGAGGAGCAUUUCCGUCGCAGUCUGGGCAAGAACUACAAGGAGCCAGAGCCCGUAACAAACUCCGUGUCUAUCACAGGCUCUGUGGACGACCACUUCGCCAAGGCGCUGGGUGACGCAUGGAAGAAGAUCAAGGCCAAGGGCAGCUCGACUAGCAGCCCAGACUCCUCCCCUAACAGCCACAUGGUCAACCAUAAUCACUCCCCUUCCCUCGUGUCUUGAAAAAAGGACCAGCUCACCAUAGUCCCAGUCUCUUCCAGCGUGCUUCAACUCUCAAAGCAACCAUGCAUGUUUCAGCACUGCUCAUGUAUAGCUAUGUACAUAAGAACGCACAAAGAGGAUGUGCUUGUUUUAACAUUUCUUUUUUGUGCUAUUGUUUUCUUUUGAUUUCAUUUUCUUUCAAAUAUGCUAGUAUACUUUUAGCUUAGCGGUUGCAUUAUGGGAUGCCCAUACCUUUUAUGAAAAACAGCAAUGUUGUGCAGAAAGCUUUUUGGUUUUUAGGUUCUAAAUCAACCAGCAUCCAAUAAACUAACCAUCUGCCUCAGAUACCAAAGAAACCUCUGAUGCAAACCUGUUCCCCAAAAUCCAUUCUUCCAUUAUACCCUGCUAUUUUGUUUUCUUUUAGAUUUACUUUCUGGUUGUCUCACAUCACAGUCUAUUGUUCAUCAUGUUCUCUCCCGAUUGUACCCUGAAUCUGUAUGUGUGCACUUGAAAUGGAAGGUCUGGUCUGAUUUUGCACUUCUGAUGGAUUGAGUGUCAGUUUGGUGUUGGAUACACGUUUGGAUGUUAAAAGAAAAUGUAUAAGAGGGUGAACUGCUGAUACAGGUGGGAAGUGAUUUGGCUUACAUCACUUUAGAAAUGUUUGUAGGGGGGAGGGAACCCGUUUUUGGUCACUACAUCUAGCUUCAUACAGUUCUCUCUAUUGUGCUGACAACUGGACUGCAUCAAACAUGGGCAUUUUUUUGUCGUUUUUGGAUUCGUUUUUUUCCCCCAGGCACUGUGGGUUUAGUAGAGUCUGUAAGGUUUUGAGGGUAAACUAGUGCUUACCGCUGCAUGUUUAAAAAAAAUAGCUGGUAUCUAUUAUUGUGUAGACAUUUCAAUCGUAAUAUUUUUAGCUUUUUUGUGAGAUUUUAUUUUUUGUCAGUAACAGUUCUAGAUAAACUUACUGCUGGUACAGUUGUACUCCAUAUUAUUAUUAUUAUUAUUAUUAUUAUUUCUAUUCAUUAUGCAUUGUGGUAGCUGCCAGAUACAAAAUAAAACAGCCGCCGGACAGGCCAUCUAUAUAUUAACAGUCGGAUUUAUAUUUUAUUAAUCUCGUGGUACAGGACGCUAUCGCUUUUUGCAUGACUGAAUAAGAAAGCAUUAGCAGCUAUGGACCGGUCAACUGUAGUGCUGACAAUCUGCCGAAAAAAAAUCUUAUAUUUGAUCUUACUCUUAAUUCAGCAUUGCAGCUUUUAGCAGCAGCUGCCAUAAAGGACCGUUAUCAAACAAUCUGCCUGUACCGAGACAAAAUACAUUCCUCCAAUAGGGAACUGCAUACAGGUGUCGAACUUUCUAACAAUUUCAAUAUAGCGACUAUCUAGAAACUGACAAGAGGUUGGAGAUACAGGAGACGCUUGGAUCUUAAGCUCGUCCUUACAUUCCAUCGGCGCAGUUUUGCUAUUGGAUAUGAUGACAUUUUAAAACAAGAAAUGAAAAGCCAGACAGCCAUCAAUCUCAACAGAUGCUAUCUUUUCAAAAGUAUUUCUUCACAAAUAGACAAGUCCGUUUCACCCUGUGCUCUUUUUGGAUGUAUUUGCCUCAAAGUUGUUGUAUCCUAUUAUAGUAGACCUUUAGGAUACGGGGGGGGCGGUGAUUUUAGGGAGAAAAUAUUUUGUCGAUUAUAUAUACAUUUCACUACCAAUUUAUUAGGUAGUACACUCACUUUCUGCUUGUGACACAUUACCCUACACUCUGUAGGUAAAUCACUUAAUUAAAAACAAACAAAUUCUUUUAUAUAUAUAUAUAUAUAAAUAUAUAUAUAUAUAUAUAUAGGAAACUAUAAGACCAUCAUUACGCUGUGCGUAACGAAUGUACAGAGAAAGAAACAAUGUUAGGUAUUUUUUUGAGGAACAAUUAAUUUGUUAAUGAUAUGUAGCUAUUUAAUUUUCCCUUGUCCUUUAUUGUAAUCGCUUUUUUGUUUUUCAAGAAAAAGUUGAUCUUUUUGUUUGUAGGUUUUGUCUAAGGUUAAAGUGCAGGAACACCGUUAUUCUAUGAAAACACUGCGUUAGUGUGAUAGCCACUUGUGUAUUAUUUCUGAAGGCUACUGAGCAGUCUCGAUACAAUUCUGAACAGAGGCUCUUUCAACUGUCUCUGGAGGCAAUUGAACAAACAUACUCCUCUCAUUGACCGUGAGUCUGAGUAACUUUACUCCAAUCUAACUGGUUGGGACUCCACGAUAUUUUUUAUUAUUUGAUGUGCGUGCUUUCAGGAGAAUGACGACAAGAAACAAAUGUUGAACUUAUCACGGCACCUCGAGUGUACUUACCGAUGUGUAAAUCUGUAUUAUACUCUCAUUUCAUGGCCUUGUUUCUCCUUGGAAUAUGUUUUGGCAGGCCAUUGUUUUGUACUUUAAGUAGCCUCAAUAAACAAUAAAGUGCUCUUAAAACAG